AUGGUGAUGGGGGAUGCUGGUGACGUUGCUGAUGCUGCUGAUGUUGGCCCCGGGGAUGUGGAGUUAGCCGUGUUGUCUAACCGUGAGGUUUUCUGGGGAACCCUCAGUCUUGGCGCUUUCGUUUCUCUUGGCUUUCUCUUUGUGGCAAUGCUCUUUGCUGCCCCUCGUCACCUGACCCGUCGACCGACUGACCGACCAGCCGACCAACUGACCGAACAUGGGACUGUGGUACAAAUCCACGAACCCUCAUCAUCUCAAUUAUCCCGCAACCAACGAGCCACGGAUUUCCAUUCCUCAUGCAAGGCGACCAUCGUCAAAUUCGCUGCCAUGGCCAAGGUGCAUCCUUCCUCGGAAACCUCGCUUGUGGCUUCGGCUCAAAGCCGUAACGUUGUGCAGGAACACUGCGCUUUGUUUCACCAUCCCGUCUCCUAUCUCCACUGUGGCACUGCCAUUUCUGAGGCCCAUGGAAACACAUGUCCCAAUCGAUCCGUGUUCCCAAAGUCUGUGUUGCUUGGCCAAAUCAAGCUUUUACUGACCUUGUGGAGAGAUCCUAUUCCUGGCCUUCCCAAGGCACCUCCUAGCUGCUGCAAAGAUGACAUCCAGGAAGCUCCAAAAAGAAACAUGAUGACAAACUUUUCGAUCGUCGCACGGUCUGAGAGAUGUAAACCUUGGAAUCGGCUCUCGGUAUCUAUGGCACAUGCUCGCCCCGUCGCGCAGAGGAGUGGCCAUUUUCAACUGCUCUGUGCAUCGAUACCCGAGAGUCGUCCAGAGUACUGUACGUAG